GCUUCAUUUUAAUGGCUGCACUAUAUGACACAGUGUAAGAUCGCAUCAAAGGUCAUGCUGUUUCCCCUACCCAGCUACAGUCUUUUAAUUCAGAAAGCAGUUCCGUUGUUACAUUUACUUCUGCUUUUUGAGGCAAUGAUUGUACUCCCAUAGAGAUUUAUUCUGAUAUGGCUCUCUAAGUUGCCAAAAAGGUGCGACCGUUUUCAGAGCAAACUCUGUUAAAUGUGGUUUGGACCAUAUCACACCCCACUUUGUUCUUGCCAUAUUUGUCCUCUUUUUGAGUGAAGCGGGAAAUUUCUGAUCAACAUCUGGUAACACUAACUUCACUUCACUUGCCUUUCUUACAGUAUUAUCUCCAUUGUCUCAAUCCAUCACUUUUGGUGUUACCCAGGAGCAAAACAAACAACACAGCAGUCACUUAAUGUGUUUCAAAACAGUCAUCUUAUUUCUAGGAAAAGCAUCUACCUGUCACGAAGAACAAUCCAUUACUUAUCUCUCAGCUGCUGACAGAUAGUUUCACUGUAUAAUCAACCUGAACAUACUCCCUAGAAGGCUGUCUCAGCAGAGCUCCUCUUCUGAACUGGUUGUCUUGGUUUUGCAUGGAAAAGAGCAGACAACUAUUAAUAUGCUCUUUCAGUUUUUUCCAUCCCAUAAACCAUGCAUUGCCACCUAGCUUUCUUUUGCUUUGGACAGUAUAAGGUAACUUCCUGCAGGCAGUACAAUAAACAUGUUUUCAUAUUUCCGUGUGUCAUCCAGAAAGCUCUUUCCUCGCUGGCCAUACACUGGAUACCUUGCAGUACUUCGAGAGAUUUCCAAUACUGCAUUCGCUAUCCAUGGCUGGCACAAUUAAACAAUGGUCCCAUUUCUUCAUUGUUUGUUUGGAUUUGCUGGAUUUGUUCUGCCUUUGCUUUUCUGACUGCUGAUAACCCCUUGUGACUAUCCCUUGUGUCACUAAGCUAUUUCCCAGGGGCACAGGAAGAGAGGUUAUUAUAACAGCAUCUUAAGCAGACAAAUCAGCUAAGUUACUUCCUUUUGCUAAUGUUUUUUUUUUAUGUGCUCUGACAACAGGACAGAUUCAAACAGAUCUAACUGCUACAGCUUCUCAUAUUCUUCAAAUGCAAUGGAAAAGGGUAACAUUGAGGAUGAGAGGAAUCAUGAGAUUUUGAGAUCUUAACCACUGACAUGAAACACAGUGACUUACAGCUAGCUCUUGACAGGUGUUUCCCCAUAUGCCAUAGAGACCUUCCUAUCAUGUCAAGGGCAGCAGUAGAAAAAGGUAUGGGAUAGCCAGCUCCAGUGCCAACACUGGAGGAGAUACUGCCUGUAUAGGGAAUCACAGUGAAAUAGAAAGUAGUUGUGCAUGCUAGCUCGAAAUAGUCACAGUAAAGACAUUUCAAAGCCUACAGUUUCAUACAGUAUCUUGCACAAUGACAGAUGGAAAUGUGCUCAUUGGGGGAAAAAUGAAAAAGCAAAGAUGAGAGCUUUGAGAUACUGUGGUAAGAUAUCAAGAACAAAUUUGAAGAUGCAGUUUAUAUUGCAACAGUUAUCUAAGGAUAGUAGCCAAUUUGAAAUUUAGCAAAAAUUGUUUCAGCUUUGUCCUUUGUUAUAAAUGAUGUAGAAAUGCAAUGGAAACAUGGGGUUCUUGCUAUGGACUGGGAAGUGAAACUUGCUCAGAAAAAACUAUCCCCACAUGCUAUAUACUGACUCUUGGACUGAAAACCGAGAGUCAGAAUACUUGUUUGAAAUACCAGGUUCUGCCUGUUUGGUAUGUUGAUGUACGCCUGUCCAUUUCCAGGAUCGUCAUUCAGAAUAAUGUCUCUGGGACAGAACUGUGUUUAAUGUCUCUCCAUUGUACUGAAGAGUUGGUUUGAUUUAUUUGCUGUGACAGGCGGGUCAGAGGAUCAUUCGUAAAGCAAAAGGCACAAACCUUUGCUGAUUCUGUUGUCUCACAGAUUUCAUUCUGCUGCAGCUGGUGGCUGAGCAUUUCUGCCUGGGAUGGCGGAGGAUCAGGAGCUGACUCAGCCUCACAAAGCUCAGCUCGAGCCCUCCCUUCAGCAGCGCACCAGCAACACAUACCGCAGUGCAGAGCACUCACAGGCCUUGCUCAGUGGCUUGGUAUCUCUCCGAGACAGCAGCAUCCUCUUCGAUGUAGUUCUGGUAGUGGAAGAGAAACCUAUUGAAGCUCACCGUAUACUUCUAGCUGCGUCCUGUGACUAUUUCAGAGGAAUGUUUGCAGGAGGACUGAGAGAGAUGGAACAGGAAGAAGUUCGUAUCCAUGGCAUCUCCUACAAUGCAAUGUGUAAAAUCCUGAACUUCAUUUACACUUCUGAGCUGGAACUCAGUGUGAACAGUGUUCAAGAAACCUUAGCUGCAGCCUGUCAGCUUCAGAUUCCAGAAGUCAUUAAGUUCUGUUGUGAUUUUCUCAUGUCCUGGGUAGAUGAAGAGAACAUCCUGGAUGUAUACAGAUUAGCUGACCAUUAUGACUUGAGACAUUUGAGUGAUCAGCUGGACUCCUACAUUUUGAAAAACUUUGUAGCUUUCUCAAAGACACAAAUGUACCGGCAGCUACCCUUCCAGAAGGUCUACUCCCUCCUCAGCAGCAACCGUUUGGAGGUUAACUAUGAGAAUGAGGUUUAUGAAGGGGCACUUCUUUAUCAUUAUUCUCCAGAGCAACUGGAGACAGAUCAAGUCUCUCUGAUGGAGCCCCCUAAGCUACUUGAGACAGUUCGUUUUCCUCUGAUGGAACCCCAGAUCCUGCAAAGGCUUCAUGACAAAUUAAGUCCAUGUCCUUUAAAAGAUAAAGUAGCAGAUGCACUCAUGUACCACAAGAAUGAAUGUCUUCAGCCAAUGCUUCAGACCUCCCAGACACAGCUGAGGUCAGAGUUCCAGUGUGUAGUGGGAUUUGGAGGGAUGCAUUCUACUCCAUCCAUAGUCCUCAGUGAUCAAGCCAAAUAUCUGAACCCCUUGCUGGGAGAGUGGAGGCACUUUACGGCUCCACUAGCCCCCCGAAUGUCCAACCAGGGGAUUGCUGUUCUCAAUAAUUUUGUAUAUUUAAUUGGAGGAGACAACAACGUACGUGGUUUUCGAGCAGAGUCAAGGUGCUGGAGGUAUGACCCACGACACAACAGAUGGUUCCAGAUCCGGUCCCUACAGCAAGAACAUGCUGACCUCAGUGUUUGUGUUGUGGGUGACUAUAUAUACGCUGUCGCCGGGCGAGAUUACCACGAAGACCUGAGGGAAGUGGAGAGGUAUGACCCUAAAAGCAACACCUGGGAAUAUGUGACACCUCUGAAGAAGGAGGUGUAUGCACAUGCUGGAGCAGCACUGGAUGGGAAGAUGUAUAUUACCUGUGGGAGGAGAGGAGAAGACUAUUUGAAGGACCUACAAUGUUAUGACCCAAAGACUGACCGCUGGGACAUUUUAGCAGAUGGUCCAGUCAGACGUGCUUGGCAUGGGAUGGCUGCACUUCUAGGAAAGCUCUAUGUAAUUGGAGGAAGCAACAAUGAUUCUGGCUACAGAAGGGAUGUUCAUCAGGUUGCCUGCUAUAGGCCAAGCACUGAUCAGUGGACAAACGUAUGUCCGCUUCCUGCAGGGCAUGGGGAGCCAGGUAUUGCUGUCUUAGACAACAGGAUCUACGUCUUGGGAGGCAGGUCUCACAACAGAGGGAUCCGCAUGGACUACGUUCACGUUUACGAUGCAGAGAGAGACUGUUGGGAGGAAGGUCCCCAGCUGGAAGAUGAUAUUUCUGGGAUGGCUGCCUGCGUCCUCACUUUGCCCAGGGCUAUUUUAAUGGACACAGAAAAAUGGUACUCAGAAUGGCAUGCAGACCACCUGCAGAAUCACCUUGACUUUCCAUCGGAAGUUAUGAGCGUGUCAGACUGGGAGGAAUUUGACAGUUCAAGUGAAGAUUAAAAAAUUUUAAUAUUUAUUUUUUGCCAGCAGAUGAGGUAAUUAAGGCUCGGAGAAAAUAUUUACAGAUUUUAUAUGUCUUUCUUAUUUUAAACAUAAAUCAGUAUUUAAAGGUUUGAAAAAUAAGUGUUCUCCACAAAAUGCUGUUCACAGUCAAUAUCUGCCCAUCUGCAAGUGCUCUGCACAAAGUGCCACUUACAAUCAAUAUCUGCCCAUUUGCCAGAAAGCAGCAUUAUUAAAGUAACCACAGAACUGCCUUUUUUUCCCAGUUAAAUAAUAGGAGUUCUAUUCCUUUGAAGGAGACUUUUCUCAGCCUUCAGCAUGGACAGAAAUAAAGGCACAGAAGGCUCAGCUUGACUAGCUUCUUUCCUUCCAGCUUUUAGCUUGAAAUAGCUUUUCCAAGUUUUUUCUUUUCUUUUUGGUAAUAAAACCUCCUAGCCAGCUUAACACAGGAAGACAAGACCUAGCGCAUCCCUCCUGUGCCAGGUGUCAGACAGCUUGAUUGGUUAUUCAGCAAAAUUGAACACACAGAAGCAGGAACAGUAGCAAGAAAGUCUGAACCUUCAUCUUAUCUGGGCAUGCAGCCAUCCUCCUAACUGGGUUAGAGUCUGUGAUCUGACACCCACUCCUGAACUUCUAUACUGCAGCUUCUUUCAACACAGUGGAAAGACGAUUUCUCUGUACAGAGUAUGGCCAUCUCAUCAUUCAACUGUCAGACAUAUUUGUUCACAAGCAUAAAUUAAUAAAUCCUUGUCAGAACCUUUUUUCUUUUUAA